CAUUUUUAUUGCUGACAUGUAGUUUAUAUAUUUUAUUUUAUUUUUCCUUCCAACUUUCCUAUGGUUCCCCAGAGUUUGAAACUUCAAGUUUAUCAUUCUAUUUGUUCACUACCACCAUCACCAUCGUCAUUGUUAAUUUCCUCCCUUAACCAAUUAGGGGUUAGCUCAGUCUUUACAUCCACAUUGUCCAGAAAUAUUUUUCUUGGUUUUCUCGAGGAGCUAGUGUUGUGCUGUAUGAGUUAAUAUUAUAUCCCCUCUCCUGAAGAGUUAAUAAUAUAUCUUUGAAGAGUAAUUUAAAGUGGUAUGCAUAAUCAACAUCAUCAGUGCAGCAAUUGCAGCUUGUCAUCUCUCCCAGUGUGUCUGUAGAAGCUGUAAGGGUCUUAAGAUAUUCUGCAACAGCAUAAUUUUCUUCCAUUAAAAGUUAAAAGCUAUCUCAAAUUGGAUUCUAAUUCGCAUUAGGGAUACGAUGCCUGGGUUGCAUUUUAUGCUGGUAUUUGGAUCAUCAAAAUCCUAAAAUAUUAUUAUCAAUUGUAUCAUUGGGGCUCUGAGAUUUGACUGGCUCCUUUUGAUGGUAUUAUUUAAGGAAGCAUGCUGUCUAUUGUUUUUGUUUCCCUCUCUGAUGGUACCAAAAAAGGAGUUGGCUUAUGAAAAAUGGUCCUUUCAACAUUCUGAUGAGACAAGCAAAUUCCUGAGAUAAAAACACAUGUGGAGCUCCAUUUGGUUGUGGGGCAGGGGGUGGUGUUCAUGAGUGGUUUUCAUUCACUUUAGAAAAAAAAAAAAUACAAAGAUGAAAAAUAAUAUUUGGGUUUAAUAUUAAGUUAUUUGGUGAACCCAAAAUAUCAACUCCAGCAUCUAGUUAGUAAUCAUGCAUGUGCAAGAAAUGCAGUAGUGUAUUUAAUCAUCACAAGUUGAAGCUCUAUUUUAAACUGCCUAAUCAAUAAAAUUGAACCUGUAAAUCAUCUUGAAAACUUUUUAUCAAUUCUUCUUGCUGCAUUUUAGAAGAAUUCUGCCAUGCCAGCUAAUUAAAUCUUACACAUUUCUAAAGAGUGUGGGAGAAUCAGUUCUUUUCUGUGCAAUGUUGUUCAGAGUCCAAUGUUUGCUUUAUUCUUCGGCUGAUUUUUCUACAGAUUUUUGGUGCUGAAGAAUCUUGCCACUGUUUUCCUUCAACAAGGUUCUGACCAUUAUGAGAGGGCUUUAAGCUGCUACCUUCAAGCUGUAGAAAUUGACACCAAGGACUCUGUUGUCUGGAACCAGCUAGGAACCUUAUCAUGCUCAAUGGGAUUAUUGAGCAUUUCACGUUGGGCAUUUGAGCAGGGGCUUUUUUGCAGCCCUAACAAUUGGAAUUGCAUGGAGAAACUCUUGGAAAUUCUUAUUGCUAUUGGCGAUGAGGUUGCCUGUCUUUCUGUUGCAGAAUUGAUCUUGAGGCACUGGCCAUCACAUGCUCGUGCAUUGCAUGUCAAAAAUACCAUUGAAGAGUCGGACCCAGUUCCAUUUGCUCCACGAGGUAUAGAUAAACUGGAACCUAAACAUGUUCGACUUAAAUUCCCUGAAAAGAGAAAGGCAGAAGAUGAAAAUAUAGGUGAGGGUAUUUCAUUGAAAAAGCAGAACCAGAAUAUAGAUCUCCACCUGGCAGAAGCCUCAUGGGCGGCCCUCACUGAUGCACUGCUGGCAAUCUUACAUCCACUGAAUGGAUGUGGUUCUGAGCUGGGAGCUGAAAAAAUGUGCACAUCACCCAAUAUCAGAUUAAGUAUACACUUGCCUUCUAGUGCAGAAAAUAUUGUGCCGCCUGGUGAAAGGAAAGGGCUCAAGUUUAAUCCAGUUGGUGAAAAUAUGUGUCUGGGUGAUUGUAAGUCUGAAAGAGCAAGUACUCUAAAAGAAAAAGAAGCAAAUGCUUUUGAAGAACAACCUCAGGAGAGGCGGAGUACCCGUCUUGAAAGGCUUCGGAGUCGUAAACCUGAGAAAGAAGAAGUAGAUUUUGCCUCUGGUAAGGAUCUGCCGAAAGCAGUAAUUCAGUUUCUGGAACCUUUUAUUGUUGGUGGACCAGGACUUAGAAAUUCUGAUCAUUCUGCUAGUUCGUCUGCUUCUUGUCCUGAAAGUCAAGCUAAUCUAUCAGAGAAUGAAUGUAGUGAUGUUGCUAAAUUUGUGAAGGAAACUUCAAAAAAUUAUGGUGCUCACCAUAUGGGUCACUUGCUUUUAGAAGAGGUUGCAAAUAGAGACCUUUUAUAUCAGGAUUAUUUUAUCAAAUUCCUGGAGUUGGAGAAAUUGACUAGACAUGGGGGCCUGGAUAGAACACCUGAAUGUAGUCUUUUUCUUGCUGAGCUGUACUAUGACCUUGGUUCAUCUUCUGAGGCAUCCAGUCUGUCAGACUACAUGGAGGAUGUAACAUACCAUCUUUGUAAGAUCAUUGAAUCAGUAGCUUUGGAAUAUCCUUUCCACUCAAGUGGAGUAGCCGGAAAUGCAAAUUGUUCUUUAACUGAUAGUGGUCAAGGUGCUGGUAGAAUAUCACUGGACAACUCUGUUAGCCAGAAUUCACUUUUAGACAGCUCAUUCUUGAGCAAUAAACAGUUUUUUUGGGUUCGGUUUUUCUGGUUAAGCGGGCGAUUAUCUAUUUUGGAAGGUAACAGGGCAAAAGCUCAGAAUGAAUUUUUGAUUUCCUUGUCACUUUUGUCUAAGAAGGAAGAUACGAAAGACACUCUUGGUUCUGUCCACCUGCCAUACUGCAAGUUUACUAAAGAGCUAACCAUUGAUAGAGUUCUCCAUGAAAUUAAUCUAUUAAAGAUUGAUUUCCUCCUGAAGCAGACUGUGGGUGAGAUGAUCGAGAAAGAAAUGUAUUUGGAAUGUGUAAACUUAAUUGCUCCACUUCUGUUCUCUACAAAAGAUGCUCACCUUGACAUGUUGCCUGCUAAAGAAGCUGAGGGGGUUACAUCAGUUGAACUUUCUGCUAUAGAUGUUUUGAUAAAAGCAUGUGAAAAGGCAAAGCUAGUAGACACCGAGUUGUAUUUGCUUUGUCACAGGAGGAAGCUGCAAAUACUCACUGCCGCAGCUGGUAUGGAAGAGUAUCUUACUUCACACAAACCCUUCCAUGAGAGGUCAGGGUCAAAAACACUUUCUGCUUCUGAAAUAGAAUCACAAGAAAGUUCAAGCAAGCACUGGAAUUCCUUGGUGGCAGAGGAAGUGAAGGCAAUUUCCCAGUGUGCAUCACAAGUGAAGAGCUUCAAUGAUCAAUGCGGAGAAUCUAAUGCCAUUAUUGUUCCGAUGAGCAUCAUUGGUGACAUUCAAACUUUGCUGCUGGCAGUCAUGUGCAAUUUUGCAAACACAUUCCUCAAAAAGAAAUCUUCUGGGCUAGUAACUGUGGAUCAAUCUGAGCAAAAGCAGAGAUGCUGCUUUGUUGACAUAGCCAUUGCAUUCUGCAAACUUCAACAUCUCAAUCCAUCUACACCUGUUAAAGCUCAUAUUGAAUUAGUUGUGGCAAUCCAUGACUUGCUUGCUGAGUAUGGUCUCUGCUGUGCGGGUGACAGUGGCGAAGGGGAGGAAGGAACAUUUCUCAAACUUGCAAUAAAGCAUCUACUAGCCUUGGAUAUGAAGCUGAAAUCCAACUGUCAGUCUUCAAACAGGGAAACAACUCAAUGUGAUGAACAGAUUUCUCAUAAUAAUAAUGUUAAAACAUCUCUAAAUGAAUUAAAAUCAGAUGCAUUAAAUAUGGAAUCAGGUCGAAUGGAACUAGACGAAGAUCAUGCUGUAGAGAAGGAUGUUCUUGAACGGAUGGCUACCAAAGGCAUUUUAUGUAAAGGUCUAGCAAAAGACACUGCAGGAGCAACAUUUGGGGAACAUGGCAGUGUUGGUCCUGAUGGAAAGUUCAAUAAAGUUGAAAAAAUAAGUGAUGAAUUUGUUGAAUGUGGAAAAGAACUUACCGAAGAUGAAAGGGAGGAGCUUGAGUUAGGAAUUGAUAAUGCUUUGGAUCAAUGUUUUUUCUGCUUAUAUGGUUUAAACCUUAGAUCUGAUUCUUCCUAUGAUGAUGAUCUAGCCUUGCACAAAAAUACUAGCCGUGGAGAUUAUCAGACCAAGGAACAGUGUUCUGAUGUCUUUCAAUAUAUACUGCCCUAUGCAAAGGCCUCAUCUAGGACUGGGUUGAUUAAACUACGGAGAGUAUUGAGAGCUAUACGCAAACACUUUCCACAACCUCCAGAAGAUGUUUUGGUUGGAAAUCCAAUAGAUAAAUUUUUAGAUGAUCCUGAUUUAUGUGAAGAUAAACUUUCAGAGGAGGCUGGAUCUGAUGGCUUUGUUGAAUCCAUAAUGAAAACAUUUCCUGAUGCAGGAGGCAUUAAACAAUACAAGGCUCCAUCAGUGGGGAGCUCACAGCCCUAUUUGGAGGUUUAUUGCAACUUGUAUUAUCUCUUAGCUCAGUCUGAGGAAACGAAUGCAACCGAUAAAUGGCCUGGUUUUGUACUCACCAAGGAAGGGGAAGAAUUCGUACAGCAAAAUACAAACCUUUUCAAGUAUGAUUUAAUGUAUAACCCUCUACGCUUUGAGAGUUGGCAGCGACUUGCAAAUAUAUAUGAUGAGGAGGUGGAUUUGCUGCUAAAUGAUGGAAGUAAGCAUAUAAAUGUUGCUGGAUGGAGGAAGAAUGCUAGUUUACCUCAGAGGGUUGAGACAAGCCGAAGGAGGAGUCGGCGGUGUUUAUUAAUGAGUUUGGCCUUGGCCAAGACAUCAGUUCAGCAGUCUGAGAUACACGAGUUAUUGGCAUUGGUAUACUAUGACAGCCUUCAGAAUGUGGUACCAUUUUAUGAUCAACGAUCAGUUGUACCCUCAAAGGAUGCAGCAUGGACAAUGUUCUGUCAGAACUCAAUGAAACAUUUCAAGAAAGCCUUUGCACAUAAGCCAGAUUGGUCACAUGCAUUCUACAUGGGAAAACUCUCUGAGAAGCUUGGAUAUCCACAUGAGCUAUCGUUUUCUUAUUAUGAUAAGGCUAUUAAUUUAAAUCCAUCAGCUGUGGAUCCUUUCUACAGGAUGCACGCUUCUCGUUUAAAGUUACUUUAUACAAGUGGAAAACAGAAUUUUGAGGCUUUGAAGGUUGUUGCAAGACAUUCCUUUAAUAAGUCAACAGAGGAGAAUGUCAUGAAUAUACUUAGUAGAAUGAGUCCUGAAAUUCUCAACUUACCAGCAGAUGACAUGGAUGGAAACGCUCAAGUUAAUCCUGAGGAGAGAAAGGAUGCAGAAUCCCAUCAAUUGGAAGAGGUGUGGCAUAUGCUUUACAGUGAUUGCCUUUCUUCCCUUCAAAUUUGUGUGGAAGGGGAUCUCAAGCAUUUUCAUAAAGCCAGAUAUGUGCUUGCUCAAGGGCUGUACAGAAGGGGUGAACGUGGUGGUAGUGAGAGGUCAAAGGAUGAACUUUCCUUUUGCUUCAAAUCAUCUCGCUCUUCAUUUACUAUUAAUAUGUGGGAGAUUGAUGGUAUGGUAAAAAAAGGAAGACGCAAAACAAUGGGUCUUGCUGGAAACAAGAAGGCAUUGGAAGUCAACUUGCCGGAAAGUUCCCGAAAAUUUAUUACCUGCAUUCGGAAGUACAUGUUGUUCUAUUUGAAACUAUUGGAAGAGACUGGAGACAUCUCUACCCUUGACAGGGCUUAUAUAUCUCUUCGGGCAGAUAAGAGGUUCUCACUGUGCCUUGAAGAUCUUGUUCCAGUAGCUCUUGGAAGAUACAUUAAAGCCCUAAUUUCAUCCAUGAGGCAAGCUGAGACGGUUGGCUCUACUGCUGCAAGCAGAUCUGAGCAUAUGCUGGAGAAAAUGUUCACGUUAUUUAUGGAACAGGGAAGCUUAUGGCCAGAUUUAUGCAGUUUGCCCGAGAUGAGGAGCACAGAGUUAUCAGAGAGUAGCUUAUAUGGAUACCUCUACCAAUACAUCCAGUUAUUGGAAAGAAAUGUCAGGCUGGAAACACUAGAAGCAAUAAAUGAGAAGAUUCGGAAGCGCUUUAAGAAUCCAAAGUUGGCUAAUAGUAAUUGUGCUAAAGUUUGCAAGCAUGCUUCAGUUGCUUGGUGUCGAUCUCUUAUAAUUAGCUUGGCCUUGAUCACACCAUUACAUGCUGAAAGCGUGGUCCAAGCCCUUCAUAUGUCAGAUGGUGGUUUUGAAAACACCCAGCUGCUUUGUCUUGAUCUGCAAACAAAUGAAUUGUGGAAUUCUUCAUUUGAGGAUCUGACCCAUGUGAAAAACCUUGAAACAAAAUGGGUCCCACUGUUGUCUAAAAUUAAGAAUCUCAUUAUUAGGAAAGCCUCAGAUGAAAAUUUGGAGACUGCCAAUACUUUGCUAAGAUGUUGUUACAAUUUCUAUCGUGAGAGCUCCAGCAUAAUGCUCCCAUCUGGGAUCAACCUUUAUUCAGUGCCAUCCCGGUUAGCAACAGACACACAAAUUCACCUAGGAAUGAAUGGGGUUGAAAUCGUCGAUUUGAGUGUUCCUCGGAAGCUUCUUUUGUGGGCCUAUACACUACUGCAUGGCCGUUGCACAAGCAUAUCAGUGGUUGUAAAGCAUUGUGAAGAAAAUGCUAAGUCGAGGAUGAAAAAAGGAGCAGGCACCUCUUCCACACUCCCAAAUACAAGCAUAACCAGUGCCACCACUACUCACACAGGUACCGGGAAAGAUGGAGGUGGUGAAGCUGAGGCUGCUGCAUUAGCCACAGCAGCAGCUGUUUCUUUGCCAGAAGGCGACAGCAUACGUGGCCUCAAUUGCUCUGGUGAGACUCAAAAGAGCUUGCUUGCUGCUCCCCAUUUGCACCAGUGUACCAGCAGCAGUGCAGAAAAGAGUAAUGUGAGUGUGCAUGAAGCAGGAGAUCCUGAGAAGGCCUAAUUAGACGAUUGAUGGCCUUUGUAUAUUUUCUUUGAUCAUGCUACUCCGAAAAAAUGUGUUAGCUUUGUUGAGUUUCACAAGGAAAUGUAUCCCUAUCGAGUUAGUUCAUUAAGAAUGUGCCAUUUUCAAGAGGAAAUGUAUAUUUCUAGCGACCCAUUUUUAUGAGUAGAAGAGGGUAAUGUGUUACACAUAAUACUUGAGAAUCUACACAAGUUUUUUCUGGAUACAAAAGAGAUAUAAUAUGGAAUUGGCAAAUGUAGAUAA